AUGGACAACAAUAAUCAAGUGUUGAUUGGUUCAAAAGGCCUGAUAAAGAAAGAAGAUUUUGUAGCACUCAUGAUACAAUCACUCCAUUCAUUAGGCUAUACUGCCACAGCAAGUGAUUUGGAAUCAGUGUCUGGUAUUCGAAGUGAUUUGCAUUCUCGUGCAAUUGGGGGGCCUGGAGGGAAGUUGACUCUAUGCGGCCACAAAGAUGAAGUUUGGUAUGUAAAGUUUUCAAACAAAGGGCAGUACUUAGCUUCAGGGUCAAAGGAUUACACUGCUAUUAUAUGGGAGGUACCUGAAAAUGGGAACCUGACAUUGAGACACACAUUGAGCGGCCACCAGUCUGGUGUUUCUUUUCUAUCAUGGAGUCCUGACGAUGCAACAUUACUCACCUGUGCAAAUGCAGAAAAAAUCAUGCUAUGGAAUGUCUCCACAGGAGAACAUUUUCAUACAAUCAAUGGACUUGGCCCUGCUUUCAGCUCAUGUGCUUGGCUACCUGAUGACAAAGGGAUAUUUUUUGGAAGCUAUGGAUAUGUGAAUCAUGUUUGCAGGAUCAGAUACCCCAACAGUAGGAUACUUACCUCAUGGUCAGGAGGAUGGAAUCCCAGUAAUAGUAUUAUCAACUUUGCUGUGACACCAAAUGGGAAAGAGAUAGUUUUCAUGUUUUCAGACAAACAAGUUGCAGUGAUGAAUAUUGAAGCUGGUCACUGGCGGAGUUUCACGAUGGAUGCAGCAAUUGUUUCAACUUGUGUUUCUGAAGAUGGAAAGUAUCUGAUACUGAAUUUGAACAGCGCAGAGAUCCAGUUAUGGGAUAUUGAAAAGAUGGUCGCUACACGAUUGAAAUAUAGAGGCCACAGGCAAUCAAGAUAUGUAAUCCAUUCCUGCAUUGGAGGGCUUGAAUCCAAGUUCAUCGCCAGUGGUAGCGAGGACUCUCGGGUGUACAUAUGGAAUCAGAAAAAUGGGGAGCCCCUGGAAGUACUAUGUGGCCACUCAGCAAUUGUAAACUCUGUGAGUUGGAACCCGAAACGACCUCAGAUGUUGGCAUCAGCAAGCGAUGAUAAGACCAUUCGAAUAUGGGGUCCUGGGAAUUCACAAAAACAGGCACAAGUGAGCAAGAUCAUAACAUGA